AAAUCUCAUCUCCAUUUCACCUGCCACCAUGACAUUGGUCCACACCAAUCUGGUUUUUACUAUUCUGAUGGAAAUUUCAGAGUUGUAAGUGCAAACAUAACCAGAAGCCUCUUAAGUGGAACAUCAAAAGAUUCAGCUGUCACGCCUCACGAGCCACCUGCUGUUGCGGAGCAUAAGAAUUCGUUUGUUUUGAAGCUUCAUGGAUUCUGCUCAGAGUCUUCUGGGAAUCUUUGUAUGGUUGGAACAGGUUCUGCAUACUUAAAAGAAGGUACUUUGCUUUCACAUGCUGCUGUUGUUAAGCUUUAUAAUAUCAAGAAUUCCAGUAGUAUUACUAGUUUGAUUACCGGAACUUUGGAGAGUUUGAGUCUUAGCAAUGAUAACCAUUAUUUUGAACCAAUCUCCAUAAUGAUGCAUCCACAACUGAAUUACAAGUUCACCUUUGUGUCUGGAGAUUCCGAGGGCAAAUUUUCCGGUGAAAGUGAUUCCGAAAAGAGUUUAUCGAUAUACAGUGUAAUGCGAGGAAGAUCCUUUUGUUCAAAGUUGUCAAGCCUUGCAACCUCAAAUGUAUUUAAUUUGCAGUAUACAGGCCGCAGAUCCAACAAGAAGUGCCUCCCUUUCGGUGGGGUGAUAGCGGAUUUGCCUGGUUCUCUGUCUUUAGAUGUCAUUAAUUGCAUGGAUGUUCCGAAUAGAGUUCAGAUUUUCCUAAAGUUUAAAGAUAAUACCAAGUUUUCAAGUCUCUAUCAUCGUUUCAAUCCCAACACAACAUUGAUCGGUGAAGGAAUGUGGGAUGACAAGAAGAAUCAGUUGCUCGUUUUGCUUUGCCGGUUUCUCGACAUCAUAAACUCUUGAUCAAAUGCUCGUGUUGGAGAUUGCACAACAAG